AUGGGUGUCGUUGAAAAGAUCAAGGAAAUCGAGGAGGAGAUGGCAAGAACGCAGAAGAAUAAAGCGACGGAAUAUCACCUGGGAUUAUUGAAAGCAAAGUUGGCGCGUUAUCGACAACAGCUUCUCGAACCGACAGCAAAGUCUGGUCCAGCAGGAACCGGGUUUGAUGUGCAGAAGUCGGGCGAUGCCCGAAUAGCUCUGAUAGGUUUCCCAUCGGUUGGAAAGUCAACUCUACUCGGCAAACUCACACAUACACAAUCUGAGACUGCCGCCAUAUCCCAGGCAAUCCCGGGUGUGAUCGAACACAGAGGUGCGAGGAUACAGCUGCUCGACCUUCCGGGAAUCGUUGAAGGAGCUAGUCAGGGUCGUGGUCGUGGUCGGCAAGUGGUCUCUACUGCAAAGACCGCCGAUCUCAUUGUGAUCAUGCUGGAUGCUACGAAGUCCGAGGAACAGAGGCGAUUACUUGAGGUCGAACUCGAUGCUGUUGGAAUUCGGCUCAACAAAUCCAAGCCUGACGUAGUUUUCAAGAAGAAGACGACUGGUGGGAUCACAUUCAACACAACGGUGAAGCUUACCCGAACUGACGAGAAAACUAUCCGAACGAUUCUUGCGGGGUAUAAGCUACAUAACUGCGAUGUUAUGAUUCGUGAAGACAUAACGACAGACGAGUUCAUAGAUGUCCUUAUAGGAAACAGGAAAUACGUUCCGUGUUUAUAUGUCUACAAUAAGAUCGACUCCAUCAGCCUUGAACAGGUCGAUAAACUAGCGCACACUCCGAACACGUUGGUGAUUAGCUGCGAAAUGGAUCUCAACUUGGAAUAUCUUGUCGAUCGGAUGUGGGAUGAUCUCAAUAUUGUAAAAAUAUUCACGAAGAAACGUGGGGCGCAUCCGGACCUCGAAGAUCCUGUUUGCAUGCGUAAAGGAUCGACCAUUGAGGAUGUCUGCAACUCUAUUCAUCGUUCACUCGCGCCCAAUUUCAAGUAUGCACUGGUUUGGGUUUGUGGUGUCCUCCUUCUUGUUAUGAUAUCACAAUCAUUUCCUCUUUCCCAGGGAAAGUCGAGUAAAUUCAAUCCGCACGCUCAAAAAGUUAGCCUUAACCACCAAGUGCAAGAUGAAGACGUUGUUUCUAUAUUCACAAAAUAA